UAUUUUUAUCUUCCUUGUUUUUUACUGGAAGUCCUUACUACAGGUUUUUGGAAAAUCUAUUUAGGACACCACAGAUCCAAGUUACCUAAACAUGUAAGUAGGUACCUACCUACUUCUAAACUUAUUCUUGCUUUUGUUACACAUCUUACUGAAAUAAAUAUUUUUUAUUUUAUUUUUAUGCUAGUUUAGUAUGGUCCACGAACUUCAAUGUGUUUUUUUUAGUAAGUAUAAACGCCCAUUAAUGGUGAUUUCGCAGACGGUGCUGAGUACGACUUCGUGGUGGUGGGCGCGGGGUCGGGGGGCGCCACGGUCGCGGCGCGGCUGGCUGGGCGGGGGGCGGGGCGGGGGGCGCGGGGGGCGCGCGUGCUGCUACUGGAGGCCGGGGGCAACCCGCCCCGGGCCAGUGUGGUGCCGGGUCUGCUGGGCUCUCUGGCGUACUCGUCUGCCGACUGGAACUACCACUCCGUGCGGGGGGAGCGCGCGGGGGCGGCGCAGCGGGGGGGGAGGGCGCCCCUCACGCGCGGCAAGAUGCUCGGCGGCUGCUCCAGCAUCAACUCCAUGAUGUAUACCAGGGGUAAUCCGGAAGACUUCAAUGAAUGGGCUCGAAUGGGUUGUGAAAAUUGGGACUGGGAUACCGUGUACCCAUAUUUUCUUAAAAGUGAAGGUUACGAAGGACCCGAGCUGAGUGACCCCAAUUUCGCCGCGUAUCACAACACGGAAGGACCAAUGAAAGUGACUAAACAGAGAUUCAAUGAUCCCAACGUUGAUCUGAAACUUGAUGUACUUUUGCAAUCAUUGCAAGAAAUAGGCAUAAAUAGUAUUGAAGAUUACAAUGGUCCGACGCAGUUCGGCAUAUCUCGGGGGUACUUCAUGCACUCGGCGCCGCCGGGCGUGAGGUCCAGCACGGCGGAGUGCUUCCUGCGCGGGGGGCGGGGCGGGGGUGACGGGGGCGGCGCGGGGGGCGGGCUGCACGUGCUCAAGCACGCGCUGGCCACGCGGGUGCUGCUGCGCGGCGCCGCGGCCGUGGGCGUGGAGCUCACCAGGCACAACAAAACCCUACACGUCUUCGCUACUAAAGAAGUGAUCCUAUCAGCUGGAGCCAUCGGCACGCCGAGACUGCUACUCGCGUCGGGGAUCGGACGGAGUGACGAUUUGGAUCGAUUGAAUGUAAAGCAAAUCGUGGAUCUGCCCGUCGGGUACGACUUGCAGGACCACCUCAUAGUGCCGAUAGCGUUCACUGGAGCUCCAACCUCAUUCAUCGAUCAACAAAAUCCUAACCCUAAAUAUUCCCUGGACUACUUCCCGUACCCGCGGCUCAACGGGUUCUUCUCCGUGAGCGACUGGAGCCGCCCGCAGCUGCAGCUCUCGCCCUACUACUUCAACCAAUCUUCCCCGCUAGUCUUCAAAGCUUUGAACAACUCCCUAAACUACGUGGAAGGAGUAGUCGAGCCCAUACAAAAAGCGAAUGCGGACAGUGAAAUAUUCAUGAUGUGUCUUAUUCUGCUGCACCCGAAGUCGCGCGGGCGCAUCGUGUACCACAGUGUGGACCCGCUGGCGGCGCCGGACAUAUACCUCGGGUACCUGACGCACGACGACGACCUCGCUAUCAUGCGGGAGGGCAUCAAGCAGAUGUUGCGUCUGACGGAGAGCCGCUACUUCAGCGGCUGGGGCGCGCGCGCGGUGCGGCUGCAGCUGCCGACGUGCGCGGGGCUGGAGUAUGGGGGCGAUGAGUACUGGGAGUGCUACGCGCUGGCUCUGGCUCGCACCGUGUGGCACCAGGCGGGCACGGCGCGCGCGGGGGGCGCGGGGGGUGCGGGGGGCGCGGGGGGCGUGCUGGACGCGGCGCUGCGCGUGCGAGGGGUCCAGCGCCUGCGCGUGGUGGACGCCAGCGCGCUGCCCGCGCUGCCCAGCGGCAACACGCACGCCACCGUCAUGAUGCUCGCAGAGAGAGCCGCCGACCUCAUCAAAGAAGAGUAUUACGGAUAGAUUGUCGCAUCCAUGGGACCCAAUUCUUCACAGCACGCCUUUCGUUGCUUUAUGAUCAUAUUCAAUGCAGGAUAUUUUAUAGCCAUGCCUUUGAGAAUAUAUUAAAGCCGGUAUACCUAGUUAGUUUAUUUGCAAAAAUACAUCAAGGUCUCUGACGUACCACCAGAUAAGUAAAUAUUUUUAGAAAAGUGUUUUGCGUUACAAAUAAAGUAGAUAAGUAGUCGUAAUAAUAGACACAAAUAAAAUUAAUGAUUCGUUA